UGCUUGUCCCCGAACCCGAUAACCAAACCCAUUGUUUACUGUUGCUACCACCCGGCCCUCUCGUUUUCUUUUCGUCCGUGAUGGGUUUUUGCUAGGGUUUUACCCCCGGAGGUAGGAGGGAAAGGGGGCAACUCCGAGAGCAACUCUUCGAGGGCUUCCGAGCUUGGGUGUGCUCGCAGCGGCAGAGCGAUGGAGGGGUUGAUGGUGGCGGAAGCGGAUCUGAUGGUAUACAUCCACCCGUCCAAGGCCACCAAGAUCCGUCAUGCCAUCCUUCGUCAACUAAGUUCUCUCCUCUUCACAUAUGAUGAAGUCCUUGAAGGUGUGCUCUUAGCAUAUGAAGUGAAUAUUCGAAGUAAACGUGCAAAGAUUCUUCCAGGCUUAAUACCAUAUUUUGGAGUAAAACUAAAAGCAAAUUUGCUGCUCUUUUCCCCAAAGCCAGACAUGUUAUUAGAAGGAAAGGUUGUCAAGCUGGGAAAGGAAUCCAUCCAUGUCAUUGUACUUGGCUUUUCUUCAGCAGCCAUUGUGUUGGAAGAUAUCCGGGAAGAGUUCAAGUAUAAAAUUAAACAUGGUGCUGGAGUUUUUGCCAGUUUGUACCAUAAGCGACAUGUAAUCAAAGUUGGGAGCAUGAUACGGUUCUCGGUCAAAAGUUUGGAUGAAGAAACACUCCACAUUUCGGGGUCAUUAAUGCCGUGUCAAACUGGAUGCAUUCGCUGGCUGUCCAAACAUGGUGCAGAAGAUGAACCAGAAAUUAAUCGAAGUCUCAAAAGACAUAGGGAAAGGGACAUAAAAAUGGAAAUUGAGGAGCAAGACUCCAAAUUAAAUAAUGAGGGUGAUCAGGCAGCGAAUUUAAGCCGUGCGCACAAGUCUAGAAAGAGAACUGCUGGAGAGUGAUUGAUAUUUUCAGUGGCUUCUCAUUUUUGAGCGAAUACCAUUUGGGAAAAAUAUUGUGGUCAAGCAAUAUUGCGGGAACUUAUGUGUUGCUCUCUGUAAAAUUCUGUACAAACAAAUUAUCAUUUUAUUACAAUUUUAGUAUGGGAAAUAUUUUAAAUGUUAACUGUUUAAGGUAUAUCUACAUCUUCAGUAUGGUGGAUAAUUUUGUAGCAAGCUACUAUUAUAUAGAGACAGAGAUAUUUAUGUUGGACA